CGCUGCGCACGGCGGGCGCGAUGUAUCUCCGCAGGGCAGUCUCCAAGACCCUGGCGCUGCCUCUGAGGGCGCCCCCCAGCCCCGCGCCGCUCGGGAAGGACGCAUCUCUUCGCCGGAUGUCCUCUAAUAAAUUCCCUGGAUCAUCUGGAUCAAAUAUGAUUUAUUAUCUGCUUGUAGGUGUCACAGUCAGUGCUGGUGGAUAUUAUACUUACAAGACAGUAACAUCAGACCAAGCCAAACACACGGAACAUAUAACAAAUUUGAAAGAAAAAACAAAAGCAGAGUUACAUCCACUUCAAGGUGAAAAAGAGAAUGUUGCAGAAGCUGAGAAAGCAAGUUCAGAAGUUCCUGAAGCGUCUGUAGUGGAAGCUGAGGUGGUAGGUGCUGAAGAAAUUCCAGGUGCUACAGUUGCGGUCCUAACAGAGGCUUCAGCCUAUCUAGGUGGUUUGGAGGCUGCUCCAGAGACAACAGCAGCUGGGGCUGAAACUGCGCCAGAGGUUACAGACACCAUGAUGGGUGAAACCACAGAAGUCAACACUGAAACGACCCCAGAGAUUACACAUGCAGCUCUGGAUGAAGCUGCUGCCAUCACUAAUGAUAAAGGUACAACAGAGAACAAAAGCUCUGAUGAAUAUGCUGAGCUAGAAGAAAAUUCUCCAGCUGAGUCAGAACCCUCUGCUGGGGAUGGUUUGCAGGAAGAAGCCAGUGUUGGUUCUGAGGCUGCCUCAGCUCAAGGCUAAUCUCAUGCUGGUAGACAUGUCAGCAAAAAAUGCCAUAGAGUGUCUGAUAGGUGUGUUUGUAUUUUUAGUAAGCUUAGUUUUAAAAAAGGCUUCUUUUCUAGAAAGCUUUAAUGUACCUUGAAGAUUUUUGGUAUCUAGUGAUAGAUUUUAGGAUUGAGAGAUUUGAAAGUUUUUAUGUCUUAAUGGUUUUCUAUUCUUUGAGAUCAGAAUAUGACAUUGCAGUAAAGAGCUUAAAUAGUUUCAUCUUUG